AUGAACCUAGAUGACCUUUGCCGUGUAUGUGGCGAAAGGCUUCAAAAAUCCAAGAAAGCGGUUACUUCAAAGUUUCUCUGUAUGAAAUGGAAAGAUUUCUUGGCUGAAAAUUUGAAAUUUUUGUGGAAAAGGAUCUUGAAGAAAUACACCCGCAAUAUUUUUGUCAUUCUACAUUCAUGUUACGCGCAUCCUGACCGAAGAACACUGGUUAAAGCCACAUGGCUUACUCAUUACGAUGAUAACUGUAGAGUAUGUUCCCAUGUAGAAGGGAUAAAAAAAGGAGGACGGCCCAAGAAGCCAAAAAGGGGAAGGAAGGCCGAUUCAGGACCUUCUUUCAGCAAUUCAGUAAGCAGGAGACAAAGGUUGUCAACGAAACCUCUUUACAAGAUCUUGAAGAGCUUACUAAAGACCUACCUUCUCUUCGCUUCAAGGAGUUUUCCGAUAAAUUUUCCUUUCCCGUAGACUACGAGUAGUCCCCCAUUUUUCUUCAGGGAUAGUAGAACGUGCGAAACGCGAGCGCGCGUGAAAAUCACCCCACGCGAGCAAAGGCGACACGCGGCGGGGAGAGAGAAAAAUGCCGCCGCGUGUCGCCUUUUCUCGCAUGGGGUGAUUUUCACGCUCGCUCGCGUUUCGCACGCUCUACUAUCUGUGAGGAAAAAUGGGGGACUACUCGUAGUCUACCUUUCCCGAAAAUAGGAAACGAGAUUUAAUUUGCCCGGUUUGCCUGCAAGUCUUGGAUAAGCCAGUGGAAACCACUUGUCAGCACUACUUUUGUGUAGAAUGCCUAAAGGGCUUAAUUAACAGUGGUCAAAGGGGUACAUAAGCUGUCUGUAAGGAGAAAGUUGGCCCUGUAAAAAUCCCUACACGAAUGGUUCUAAAAUUAAUAGCUGAGCAGGAGGUAAUAUGUUAGAAAUGUGGCCAGACUGUGCACUACGAACACAGUUCAUCUCAUGUUUGUUCCAAUGACACUGCACCUGUUCCUGAACAACCUCCAGCAAUGGCAGAUCCCCUUGAUCCCACCCAGACUUUGCAGGAAGUUCUAAAAGACACUCAAGCUGGUAAUUUCUCACCAGAAGUAUGUCAGGAGUAGAAUUAAAAACGCCCCAGAUGGAAAAACUGUACUCUUCAAGACUGGUGGAAAGGUAACUUUAUGUUUUGAAUUUGUCCUGUAAUUAAUCAUUCCUCCCUCCCCUUAUGGCAUGUGCUCAUUGUACCUAUUAAAUGUUGUCUUAGCCUUUAGGUGUAGUACAUGUUCCUGUUGCCCAAAAACUCUCUGAUGAAGUGACUGCUAGGCGGCGUCUUAAUAGGACAAAAGCAAUUGAGACAGUGGGUAAAACCAUAAGCAGUGACCAGAUGGAUGUGCACAUGGUACAGACCCUUAAACGGAAGGGUCAGGAGGAGAGAAGGCAAAUUUUAAAUGACGCCCUGGGGAAGGAACUAGUUCUUCACAUUCCGGAGGGUCAAGCAAAUGCCAUGAAGGCAGAUCUGGGGAUCACCUGGUACCGUCUCAAUAAACUAAGAAGGUAUGUUAUAGUUUAA